AUGGCUUUCGUUGGGGCUAUCUCGGGUCUUCGUCCUCCUCUUACCCGCUUUCACGAGUCUGAUUCCUCCUCCCUUCUCUCCGGGAAACCGUCGCUGCUCUACUCGAGCCAGAGAAUACCCGGCUGGAAGCGAACGAGUACUUGGCUGCCAAUCGACUACCACGACGAGGAGGCGUAGGAGGAGGCUGCAUGACUCCCUGGGAAUGAAGGGAAUUGUUAGGGCGCACUUUGCUGAGGAUGCACCCUUCGCUGUCGCCAUUGGCGCCUCCAUUCUAGUCUCACUCGCCUUCCCGGUCCGUAAUGAUCCUGACGAGGGCACGGAGGAUGAUGAUUUCGGUGGGAUUGAUUUCACGGACACGAGGUUUGGGGUGAUGGGGAUCUUAAGCGUAAUCCCUUACUUCAAUUGGAUGAGCUGGAUUUUUGCAUGGCUAGAUACUGGCCGGCAACGCUACCUGGUCUAUUCAAUCAUGUACCUGGCUCCCUACAUAACGACAAAUUUGUCAAUCUCCCCGGACGACAGCUGGUUGCCUAUUUUCAGCAUUCUUGCCAGCAUCUUCCACAUUCAGCUGGAAGGAGCAUAAGGAAUGGAGACAUCAACGGCAUUCCACUGCUGGACAAAGCCGUAAAAUACCUCUUCCCAGCAAAAAAGAAGGAUGCCGAUGACACCUAGAGAAGAUGAAUUGUCAAGAUAUGGACUUGCAGGGAGCGAAGCGUUGACGAGAUUGGUGGAUCAUCUGAGACAUCCAAACAAUUAAAAGCAUUUGGACAAUGA